AUCUGGGAAGGUGUGUUUCAACUUAAGAUUUACCAGAAAUUGUCCCGUUCUACCUUUUUGUUCUGAAGAAUUAGAAAAAACCCCUCGAGGUUUGGGCUAAAACUCCAUAAUUUCCGAAGAUUACAAAACUUCCCUUAGAGUAUGAUGUAGUCUUCAAUUAAGUGGAUAACCUUUAUACUUCCGUAAUUGUCAAGAUGUUUUGUAAUUUUCAAAAUUUUCAUUUUUUUGUUUUGGUGAUAUUAGCCCAAACCUCUAGGGAUGUUGUGGUGAUCACCAUUUUCGGUUGAAGAACUUAAAUGUGAGCUUAAUGUGUGUAUCAAAUCUAUUCUCCUCAUGUUGCAACUCUGUUUACAGCCCAGUGAGCAUAACACAUAUGCAGAUAUUGAAGCUGCAUUUAAGUGUCUCGAGGAAAAUUACGGCACCAAACAGGAAGAUUUGAUACUCUACGGUCAAUCAGUUGGGAGUGGGCCCACCUUAGAUCUAGCUGCUCGUCUUCCUCGUUUAAGAGCCGUUGUUUUACAUAGCCCUAUACUAUCAGGCGUUAGAGUCAUGUAUGCUGUGAAACGCACAUACUGGUUCGACAUCUACAAGAACAUCGAUAAAAUGCCUCAGGUUAAUUGUCCAGUUCUCGUCAUUCAUGGUACGGCAGAUGAGGUGGUCGACUUCUCACACGGCAAGCAGCUGUGGGAGCUCUGCAAGCACAAAUACGAGCCCCUGUGGGUGAAGGGUGGUACCCACUGCAACCUGGAGUUGUACCCUGAAUACAUUAGGCACCUUAAGAAAUUCAUCUCAACCGUUGAGCGGGGCCCACAUUCCUCCCGAAGGAUCAGCACGCGGAAAAGCACCACCGAGCAAAUCGAGCCGUCGAGGAAGAGCACGGACUCGUCACUGUUUGAGCUGCCGAGAAGGAGCACAGAUUGGAGGGAGAAGCCCAGGCACAGCACGGACAGGUUAGAAAGGCCCGUGAAAAACAGUGGGCCGCAAAAUGGGGAUCGAGUGAGAAUGUCGUUUGAGCAGGUGGAGAGGUCGAGGAGGAGUGUCGAUAAAUCGUGGAAGUCUGUGGUGGAUUAUAAUCAGUUUGAGAGGGGGAGGAAGAGUGUUGAUAGGUUGGAGAGAAUACGGUAAUUUUUUGUUUGAUUGUUUUNCGUUAUGCUAGUUGUGUGAAAUUUAAGGAUGGAUGGAUAUAUCUGCGGUGAGGGGUAGAUUGGUAAUUUGGUAUUCUCUUGGUAAUUUGUGUGUGAAGUCGUAGAAUAAUGUGUUUUUACAUUGUUACAACUUUCCGCUUUGAUGCGAUUUUCUUUAUCUCAUCUCGUAGAAUAAUGUGUUGUUUUACAAAGUGUACCGUAUGGAUACAUCUUUCCGCUUUCACAUUAAGAAUCAUGUUUCAAGUUUUAGAAUUCAUAUAUCUGGAUCACAACCGCUUUCCUGCCAUCUUGAAGGUUUAAAUGACAAUGGACUCUAGCUUAGUACUAUAGUUUCAUUUUUUACCAUGACCAAAUUAAGGUAUUUAAAUUUCCAAUCAUUGCCUCGUCAUCGUCAAACGUUAAGUGAAGAAUAAUAAUUAGCAGCGGGAUCCCUUCCUGCAGCUAAGUACCCCAGCAGCUGAAGUUAUUGAAGCCACGAGAGAAGAUGGCCUUGCAUUUAAACUCGAUGCCCUUGCAUACGUUGACCAAGCCCCUGCCCCCGACUGCCGAAAAUAUGCCCCAUUAAGAAAUAAAUCCCCUUCCGAAAUCCAAUUCCACCGGCUCCACUCACUUUCCGGCGCAUGCUCGUGUUUGGUCACCUGGAAGGAAGAACAAGAACGUGUUCAUUCGUAAUUCAAAUUAUUUGAAAAAUAUCUUAAUUAAUAUGAAGAAGGUCUCCUCACCUCUUUCCUGAAUCUCUCAUUGGCUGCAAGGAACCUGUUCCCCUGGCUAUAUAUAGUAGGCGAAGCACUCCCCCCAAUUGCAUACAUUUCCCAAUGCGUAUAUUCAUUGUUCACCACAUGAAAAUACCCAUGCCUGC